AGCCGGACAGAUUUCGUCGACGCGCCAUCAAUGUCAUGUAAAACCUCGCCAUGCUUUUCCGUGUUUACCGACCUCGGCUUUCGAUUUUGACAUGAAUUUGUCGAACGAUCGAAACAGGAGGACGUUCUGAACAUUUUCCUUCCAAAGCGUGUUUUUCGCAUACCUAUUUUGAUUAGUUUGUGGUGGACCAAAGCGAGCGGCCAAGAUGCGCCUGACGCUGCGGGCGUUGAUCUCCCACGGCCGAGUGGCCCGGAGAAUGGGGCUGGGUCCCAAAUCCCGCUUGGACAUGCUGCGGAACAUCCUGACCGGAUUGGUGCGACAUGAGCGCAUCGAAACCACCGCUGCCCGGGCGGAUGAAGUCCGCUUCUACGCCGAGAAGCUGAUCGACUACGGGAAGAAAGGAGACACUGACGAGAAAGCGAUGAAGAUGGCAACUUUUUGGUUAACGGAGAAGGACCUGGUCCCUAAGCUGUUCAAGGUGCUGGCUCCGCGCUUUGAGCGCCACUCGGAGGGCUAUACGCGCAUGGCCCGCAUCCCCAAUCGGCAGAACCUGGACCGGGCCAAAAUGGCCGUGCUGGAAUACAAAGGCAACCCUUUCCCUCCACUCUACCCGGUCAGGAAACAAAACCCUCUCACACUGGUCAACCAGCUGCUCGCCGGCUACCGGGAGGACAAGGCCAACUCUGCACCCAAGUCAUGAAGCAAAGGACUCUUUGCCCAUGAAUAAAUAUUGCAAAUUAGUCUAAUUUUAUUCUUCAGUGAGUGUUGUUGACCAGCAGAUGUUUCUGUCUUUAAUAAAUGAAUAAAAAAGA